AUGAACGAUGGUGAGAAUUAUUGGAACGCGUUUCGAUCUCAUAAAAGAACCGCCACCGAUGGACCCACACUUUCACCAUGGAUGGUGACCGCUUUGCAAGCAACAAAGGUUUGUCUUCUAUUAUUUUGAAUGUGGGUUUUGUGGGGUUUUUGGUUAGAAAUUGCGUAGUUUUUUAACUUCACAAUAGAUUGGUAGGGCUAAAAAUCAUGAAAAUGCAUAAUUUCAAAUAUCAGAAAUGAAAUCCCAGUCUGCUUUUUUUUGAAACGUGGACUAUGACGUGGCAAGUGUUCAUUUUUGAUUAUAAAUGCAAUUUUCUCAUUUCUUAUUGACGAAACAUGGGGAACAAUCCUGUCAGAAAUCAGAUGAUCGAAAAAGGUUAUAUUUCAGAAAUUUUUGGUAGAAAAUUUGUAUGGUGUACUUCUAAAUUCAAAUUGGCUUGUUUUCGGUGGGAAAAAUGCUUCAAACUUUCCUAAAAAUGAAAAUUUCACCCUGAAAUCAUGAAUUUCCAGUUGCUCCUAUUCACUCUGUGCAAUAUCACUCUCACCCUUGGCUCCGUCUUCUCCAAACUCAUUGUGCUCAUCAUGUCCACUAACAUUAUUCCCCACUCACAUUUGCUCGACAAAUUCAGUCGAAAAUGUUCGCGCGCAAAUGUUCAACGAACCUCCACAACAACGGCGAGUAUCUAUAUAGGAUUAUUGAUGAUUCAAUGUCUUCCCGAUAUAUUUAACAUGAUCCAAGCAGUUCUACAAAUUGUGAAACAACGUGGAGGAGCUGGAAACUUGGUGGGAAGUUUGGUGAUUCUUGAAUGCCUCAGAGCAAUCGGACUAUCGGUGCUUACUUUCCAUGUUUUCCCACAAUUGGAUCUUGGUAGAUGUAUCGUUCUCGGAUGUUGUUUUCCAUUGGUUGCUGUUUUCCAACGAAGUCUUAUCGCAAUGAUGAAUGCAGCCAGGGCAUCGAAGAAAUUCCGAUCUCGCCUUGGUCGUUGUUUCCUAGCGAUGCCUCAUAUUUUCAUGUGUAUCGCCUUAUUUUCCUCAUGCUAUCUUUGGACACUUUUCGAUUCGGGAAAACAAUUCACCGCCCAUCUUGCCCUUCCAAUCGGUAUUAUUUGCACAUCAAUCGGUUUUUGGGAAUCAUGGAUUGACACAACUCAUGCCAACACUUCUUAUGAUGAAUUAUAUCGACUCAAAUAUGCUGUUCGAAAAAUGAAUAACACUACGAAAGCGGUCGUGGCAUUCUGCAGGAUUUGUUGUGUUUUGGGAGUUAUGAUUGCGGCUGUUUUUAUGAAUGGACAUACCAAAUUGCACGGUGUACAUUUCUUCAAAGCCGUUUUUUAUUUUGGAAUGAAACGCGGACAUACGUGAGUUUUUACUUGUUCUCUGGAAUUUUGAAAAAUAGUCUGAAAAUUUUCUGGGAACCCAAAAUAUUGAUGAUUUUUCUCAAUCUGUAAAUUUUGAAAAUUUGAAGACGUGGGCCACGUUUUUGCCACGUCCCGUGGCAGAAAAUCCACGUGGAAGUUAGAAGUUCAAACUUUUCAAAAGAAACCCUAAUUUCUAACCCCAAAAAAUCAUCCAUAUCUCAUCAUAUAAUUUUCCAGACUUCUUCUCCUUCUCGCUGUUUCGAUCAUUAUUCUUCAUCUCAUAAUGCGUGGAAUCUCUCGUUUCCUUGCUGCUCUCGAUCUUCAUCCAAUCUCAUUUAUUCAUCCAUUAUCAAUUGCUCCAAUCAUUGCUUAUUCAUUUGUUCGUCUAACUUGUCAAUCACCAACUUGUUGGAUUUCCCGAAAAUUGGCAAAAUAUGGAUUAAGAUGGAUUUGUGAUCAAUGGUUCCAGGAAUCGAGUGGAUUCACAUCUCCGGAUUUUUAUAUUUGCAUGAUUUGGUUAAUUGUUGGAUCGUAUCGAGGAUGGAAAUUGGUCAAGCAGAGAUAUUUUGAGUCGACUGAGGAAAUGUAAGAUUUUUAGGGGAAAUUCUGGAAUUUCAACAAAAAAACUCACCUUUUCGUUUUGCAGAAUCUCAUCAAUGCCUCCAAUCAGCAAUGGUCUUUGCAUCGAACAAUCUCUCGUCGUUUUUCAACAUUCUCUAAAUCGUCAAGAAAAAGAAUUCCUAAUUGAAGACGAUGAUCUAAUCAAUAACUCAGAUGAAAAUGACGAACUUCGAAUUCGAAAUGAUGACGUGGAUAAGACGAGUACGGUAUAUGCAUGUGCAACAAUGUGGCAUGAAACUGAAACUGAAAUGAGACAAGUUUUGAGAAGUAUUUUGAAAUUGGAUGUGGAUCAUGCAACUAGAAUGAGUUCGAAGAAAAGUGAUUUGAGAUAUCGAUUGGAAGGACAUAUAUUCUUUGAUGAUGCUUGGGAAAAUAAAAUUGAAGAUGGAAUCGAAAAACGGGAACCGAAUGAAUAUUUUGUGAUGUUUUUCGAUUUGUUGAAUGAAAUGACUGGCGAAAGAUUGAAUGAAAAUGGCAAGUUAGAGACUAGAAUUCUAGUGAAUACACCUUAUGGAGGAAGACUUGUUGUGAAACUUCCAUCGGGAACAUUGCUCUUUGUUCAUCUCAAGGAUAAAACUCUAAUUCGUCAUAAGAAACGAUGGAGCCAGGUGAUGUAUAUGUAUUAUUUGUUGGGACAUCGAAUUAUGGAUUGCCCAUUAUCAAUUGAAGAUCGACAACAAAUGGCUGACAAUACUUUUAUUUUGGCGAUUGAUGGAGAUUCGAAAUUUGAGCCGGAUGCAUUGUUGAGAUUGUUGCAUUUGAUGAAUGCGAAAAGUGAUAUUGGAUGUGCGUGUGGAAGAAUUCAUCCGAUUGGAAGUGGUGAGCACGGGGUUUUUUACCUAGAAACUUUGGAAAAUCUGCAUCUGAAUUUCAGUGAAUUUUGAGAUUUGCAGUGAAAUUUAGACCUGAAAACCUUAAAUUUCAAUCAAAAUGGUGUGAAAAGUUGUGUUUCAACCCUAAUUUAUCGAUAGUUUUCAGAAAAAUUGAAUUUUCGUGAAAUUUGAUAAAAGUUUGUUAACUUGGCUGAAAGUCGAUGUUUUCCAUCCGAAGUUUUCCAAUCCAUAAUUUUAACAUUUAAAAUUAUUUUACCUAUCAAAAUCCCUUUUUCUUUUCUAGGAAUCAUGGUUUGGUAUCAAAAAUUCGAAUACGCGAUUGCUCAUUGGUUCCAAAAAGCAGCCGAACAUGUUUUCGGAUGUGUUCUCUGCGCUCCUGGUUGUUUUUCACUUUUCCGCGCCUCCGCUCUUAUGGAUGAUAAUAUAAUGCAUAAAUAUACAAAAACCGCAUCAGAACCUCGUCAUUAUGUUCAAUAUGAUCAAGGAGAAGAUCGUUGGUUAAGUACACUUUUAUUGAAACAAGGAUAUCGUAUUGAAUAUGCAGCUGCUUCUGAUGCUGAAACAUAUGCUCCCGAAGGUUUUGAAGAGUUUUUCAAUCAACGGCGAAGAUGGACACCUUCAUCAAUUGCUAAUACUAUUGAUUUACUUAUGGAUUACAAAAGAGCGGCUGAAAAUAAUGAAUCGAUUAGUUAUGCAUACAUUGCUUAUCAAUUUUUGGUGAUAUUUUUCUCAAUGCUUGGACCGGCUAUUAUAUUUACAAUGCUUGUUUUUGCUCAAGUUGCUGCUUUUGGAAUUGAUGGAACUAAUGUUAUGUUGUGGAAUGGUAUUCCGAUUGGAUUGUUUGUUUUGCUUUGUUUUACAACAGAAUCGAAUAUUCAAUUGAUUUAUGCCAAAUUCAUGUCAAUUGUUUAUGCAUUUAUUAUGUUAGCGGUUUUGGUUGCGACAAGUAGUCAGAUUGUUUUGGAAAGUGGGUAAAGGGGAGGGAAAGAGGGGAGUGUUCAAAUACAGAAAACAGAGACUUAUGAAAAAUCUGGAAACAUCGGGAUUACUGUAGCGUUUCAGCAAAAACAUAUUCGUUUAACAAUUCAGAGCUACAGUAACCCUGGAAAAGCUCAAAUUUUUACAAAAAAAUGUACGAUUUUCUAGAACAAAAUGACUGAGAAAUUCAAGACAAAUUCUAGCUAGGUUACCUGAAAUUUCUUGGAAAUUAUCAGUUGAAUUUUCAGCUCAAGCUGUACUUCUUAAAAUUCUCCUAAUUUCUUGAAUUUUUGAGCAGAAAAUUAACAGAAGUUAGAUUUGAUUUCCGAAAUAAAGUUUUGCCACGUGGCACCUAUAUUUUUAUUGAGAAAAUCAUCUAAACCUAUUUAUUGUUUUCAGCCGUCGUUGCUCCAACAUCUCUUUUCAUUGUCACAAUGGUCCUUAUCUUCUUUUUCGCCGCCUGUCUUCAUCCGAAAGAAUUCACCAAUAUCAUUUAUGGAAUCGUCUUUUUCCUAAUGAUUCCCUCAACUUAUGUAUUCCUAACUCUUUAUAGUUUGAUCAAUUUGAAUGUAAUUACGUGGGGAACUCGAGAAGCUGUAGCCAAAGCGACUGGACAAAAAACGAAAAAAGCACCACUGGAAAGAUGGAUUGAUAAAAUUAUCGAUUUUUUGAAAGAAGGUGUUCGCAUUUUGUCGGGAAAAGAAAAACGCGAAAAUGCAGAGAAACAAGCGAAAUUCGAGAAUAAGUUGAGCAAAAUUGAAAUGGCUUUGAGAAAUGUGGAAAAAGGAGGAGAAGAGAUUGAUAAGAUUUUGAGUGAUUUCAAAGAAAAACGAGAAAUUGAAACACAAACUUUGGCUGAAAAUAUGGGAAUAGAAAAAGAAGAAACAAGAAAAGAGGAAAUGAAGAAAGCCAAUAAAUAUGUUUGGAUGAAUAGUGAUGUUUUGAAGGUGAGUUUUUGUGAAACAAUUUUGAAUAUUUUGUUCCAAAUUCCAAAAACUUUCAGAUUUGCGAACGCGGAAAACUGAAAUCGGCCGAAAAAACAUUCUGGAACGAAUUGAUUGAAACAUAUCUGAAACCGAUCAAAUCUACCGCAGCUGAAAUGAAACAAGUCGCGGAAGGACUCGCUUCUCUUCGAAAUCAAAUUGCUUUCACCAUUUUGCUCAUCAAUGCUCUUCUCGCUUUGGCCAUUUUCUUGAUUCAGAAACACAAAAAUGUGUUGAGUAUUAAAUAUGUGCCUUAUAGUGAGUUUUUAGCGUAAAUGCGCAUAUUUUGAGACUGAAUUUGCCACGUGGAUUUUUGGAGACAAAGAUUUGAAUAUUUUUGGUUUUUCCAGAGAAAUGCGGGGCUUCAAAAAUCCACGUGGCAGUCAAACCCAAAAAAACCAAAAAAUUGUACGCCUGAAAUUAAUAGGUUUUAAAAUUCAAAGCUGGAUUUUUCAUGCCACAGUUUGGUGACGUGAAAAAAUUUCAAGGUUUGAACUCUCCAAAAGUCACGUGACAAAAAAACAUGUUUUGGCUAUACAAAGAGCAAAUUUUCUUUUUUUACAAAAAAAAAUUCCAUCUAAUUUUCAGAGGGUUUCAAAUGGACAAAAAUGAACGAAAUGACUGGACAAUUUGAACAAACCAAAGAACCGCUGAAAAUCGAUCCACUUGGAAUGGGAAUUGUUGUGUUUUUGCUGGCCAUUUUGUUUGUUCAAACAUUAGGUAGGGUUUUUGCUGGAAAUUGGAUAAAAAUUUCAUACCAUGUGUUUUUUUCUAGGAAUGUUACUCCAUCGCCUGAAUACAAUGAUUGGCGCAUUCCAAGAAGUUCGAAAUUUGUAUGAAUACGGUGUUGGACAACCGGUUGCAAAUACAACUAGUGAAGAUGAAAGAAUAUUGACUAAUGGUAAGAUUUUUGAGUGGAGUAUCAUUUGGAGUUGGGAUUUUCAUAAAUUAUAUAUUUUUGCAGCACGUGAAAUGAUAAAUGCUCGAACAAUGUCAAUAAGUCACGCUGGCGAUGGUUAUACUCGACAUCGAGCCGACGAAGCCGAAACCGGUAAUGUAUUGUAUAAAUUGCAAAAAGCUCGACUGGCAAAACGAAUGCAAAGAAGUGCAUUAUCUAAUUAA